GACUCGUACAACAUGGAAUUCAUACAAAACGGAAUAAUAGUGUUAUAGGGGGGUCGACUGUAUAAUAAUAAUAUACCAUAAAAUUAAUAUUCUGCACAACCCGAAAUAACUGUAGUACAUAUAACACCAAUUACUGUGUUCACGCCUCAUUCAUCGACUUAAUUUUGGCCUGAGAGAUGAAAAUCUAGUUUUUUUUAAGCUACAUAAUAGCAGUUGUCGACACUAUUUUUUUAAUUUUACAGUAUGGAACAUUUUUCACGUAAAUAUUAAUAAGUUUGUAAUAUUUACAAGCUCUAUUAAAUUCAUCGAGCGAAUAAUUAAAUUUGUGGAAGCAACCGAAACGAUUAUUUUAUCGUUUUAUCUUGUCCUCCCCUCUCUCCUUGGUACAUUUAUUAUGACUUUUUUUUUUUUUUCGUGUCUUUCGACCGUCGUGUUAUAAAAUAUCGUUCUUAAUCAAAUAUGAACGAGUAGUAAAGAAAAUGAUGCGGUUCGUUGAUCAUCCGAGUCGAACUUGCGCCCACCCAACGCAAUUAAAGAAGCUGUGGUUUUCUCCUGCCGUUUCCAGUUUAUGCAAUUAUGUUGUGUAGGAACGACGAUAGAAUGCGACUUGGCAGAUAAAUAUAUUGCAAAAUGAUCGACUCUUCCAGCAACAGACUCCGUUCAAUCGUGUUGUUUUUAAUGUGUUAUAAAGUAUAUUGCGAUAACGUGACUUCCAUCGAUGACGGCGAUGCUACUACAGUAGUGAAGGUUAAUGGGAAUACAACAUUGACACCUUCUAGUAUGACAAUUUUGAAUCAGAUCCUUAAAAAUUUAGAAGAUUUUGGAGAUCAUAGGAUAAAAGAAUUGGAUAGUUUGAGUGCUAAACAAAGCAAACUUUCUAUUGGAAACAUCUCAAUAUCCGAUCAGAUUCUUUCUUUAAGAGAUGGAUUAUCGUCUUUGAAACCGAUCAAGAAGACGUUUGGUUAUAAAGUGACAGUUGUUAGAUCACCAAUUACUGAAGAGAAACCAUUAGUUUUUAAAGAAUUUUUCGACUCGGAAGAACCCGUCAAUGAUACGAAUAAUGGAGACUUAUCCUCAUCAAAUAGCGAUUCUCACCAUUCGGUUGUUCCUGUUCCACCGAACUACGUAGCGAACUCCGAACCUCGUGUAGUUAAGAAAGUUGGAGAUCACGGUAAGAAAUUUGAAGAAUCUCUACUGAAAACUCAUCAUCACGAUAGAGGUUUGAGUGAGGGAAAGACAAAGAUUCUAAAACACGAUGCCGAAAAUCACGGUAGCAAAUAUGGCCACCAUCAUCACCAAGAAAAUAAAAAUUCUCACAAUCGUGGAGAAUACGGCCACGACAAAGGAGGGAUCAGCCAGACUGGAGUUAGAGAGAGGACUCAAAUUGAAUUUUUCGAAAAGGAACACUUUUUGGAUACAGAACACGAUAAAGCUAAAGGUGGUCACGAAAAUGUCAAUGGACACACCGAAAGUAAAGUCCAGGAUAAGCAUUCGAGCCAACAACAUCAAAAAACACAUAGUGAUCACGAUAGUCACUCGAGGCAUAAACACGUCGAUGGGGCACAGAUUGUCGAACCACAUUAUUCGGACUUAAGAGGCCACGUAAAUCAUUACGGUCAUCCAGCACCUCAUCAAAAGAAAGAGCAUGUAGUUGCUGGAGAAAAUGGGGCUAGAACUCACCAUAGCAAUCAAGAAUCGUCCAAACAUAGCGAUUCUCACGGCAAACAUCAUUCGUCUGAAAAUAACGAAGAUAGAAGUUACUACAACAAAGAUAAAGGUCGUACCAAAGAAGGUUACAGGGAGAGAGGUUAUAAAAUUACUACAGAACGCGAAUACUUUCUAAAAGACGCCCAUCACGAUACCGGAUUCGGUAAACACAAUAAAGGUCAUCAAGCAUCUCUAUUAGAUAAAGGUCGCCAUGGUAGCGAAGGGGGAGAAAGGCAUAGAGAUUUCAAGAAAGUGUUGCAACAUCACGAUGCACACGACGUUGCUUCCGAUAAGAAAGUGGGUCAUCAUCAAGACAUCGAGCAUCACCACGAUGCCGGUUACGUACAGAAUCAAGAGAAUCAUCCGAAAUCGGAAUACUUGCAAGGUUCUUCUAGUGGUAACUACUUGAUAACUCAAAAGAGAGAAGGCGAAUUGUCCGAAAAUAAAAAUACAAAAUGUAAAACUUGUUGCCGAAAGUAUGCCAAUGCGAAAAAUUUUACGUCCCUCAUCACUCCACGUCGAAUAGGAGAUCAACAGAACGUUACAGAAAUAAAAUUAGAUAAAAGAAACAGCACCGAUUACAGAUCAACGGGUACACGUAAUCCAAUUUUCAAUAGAGACACUACGAAUAAAAAUAAUUUCUUACGAUCCGAGAAGCAUCAAAACUAUUUGAAUAAUAGAAGACGGAUGAAGGGAAAGAUUGUAAGGUUGCGAGUCCCUACAAGGUUACAAGAAGCUAACAAUAGCUCUAGUUAUAAUACACAUAAAUCAAAAUUGAAACAAGAUGAUGAAGUGAUUUCUCAUCUACCUAAGGAUAUUAUUCGUGAUAAAUCUGAAAAAGAUAUUCAAAUACCUCAUCAAAAUCGAGAUUUGUAUCAUAGUGUUACCGACAUUUACCCAAAAGUUUAUAAAUCCAACAGGACUAAGAAUAAUCCGGAAAAAAGUGUAGCGGAACGAAAAUCGGAGGCGUUUGCAAAGUAUAAAAACAUUCCAAGAUUAAACGAUCGUGUUUUACCAAUUCCGUUCUUAACCCUGUAUGGUGUAACGGGUAAAAGUUUACGUUAUGUGAACUCCAAAUCUCGAAAAGGUAAUGAGAAAACAACUCCCAUCACUAGAAUGCCCAUAUCUGAAGUAAGAUACGUAGACGACGAUCCAUCUUUUACACGGCCACAAGUAGACGAGUUGCUUGUUUCGCAAGUUAAGUACGUGGAUGAUGAACCAACUACGAUACAAUCUAUACUGGAUAAAAUACCCGUUUCUGUAGUUAAAUACGUAGAUGAAAAGUUACCUCAAGUUCCGCCAAAAUUAGAAAAAUUUCACAGAUUAAAGAUGAGACCUGCGAUCAUUCCUAAGAGUGUCGAUGGUACAUACGGUGCCAAGGUUACUGAAGAAUUACCAACUUACAGAGACGAUCCUAAUUACGAUCGUACUCGUAAGUAUCAUCAACCCAUCUUUGGUGUUACUUCCACAACUCCGGAUCCAUCUCCAGAAGAACAUUUAAUAGGAAUUAAAGAGGAUGAGGCUAACAGGGAAGAAAAACACAAAUACAGUCAGCCAUUGUUACCUCCGGACACUCAUAUAAAACAUGGAAUUUGGUAUCCAGAAAAAUUAUAA